UCCUCAGCCAUCUCCAACAAUUCUCCAUCCCCUCCCCCAUCCCCAUCUCAUCUCUGCCCUCCAUUGACCGCCAAUUCGAUCCAUCUCUUCCUCCUCUCUCAGAGCUCCGCCGGUUUCAUAUCGCAUGCGCAAAAUCGCGGAGCCUCAGAUCGAGAAAUUAAGUAGCAAAGCUAAGCUAGCAUGAUCGGAGGAGGGGCGAACAACAAUCCCUACAGCUUCCUUCAGAACCACCACCACCACCAGCAGCAGCAGCUGUUCCACCACGCCCUCGAUGGCAUGGGCGGCGGCGGCGGCGGGUUCAUGGAGCCGCCGGCGUCCGAUUCGGCCGACGCGCACUGCCACGCGCUGCUCUACAACCUUUCCUUGCUGAGGGACAAGGUGCAGCAGCUGCAGCCGCUCGUCGGCCUCGAGAUGGAGCACGAUGGGCCCGGGGGCCCCGUCGCCGCCGUGUCCAGCGCCGGCACCGUCAUCCAGGAGAUCAUCACCGCCGCCUCCUCGAUGAUGUACGCCUUCCAGCAGCUUUGCAGUCACGGUGGCGGUGCUCAAUCCUCUACCACCGCCAACGCGGCGCCGGGGGUUAUGAUGAGCAAUAAUAUCGCCGCCGCCGUUGGCCAUGCCAAGAACGGCGGCAUAGCGGAUAGUACUGCCUGCGGCGACCACCAGCAGGCGGCGGCCGUCAUGCAGCAGCAGUGGCAGCAGCACCGCGGCGGCUACGGCUACGUGGACAACCGUAUCGACACCAAGACAUCAGCCGCCGUCGUCGUUGCGGCGGCCGUGCCAUCAUCGUCGCAGACUGCGGCGGUCAUGGCCGCCGGCACGAGCACGAUCAUAGAGCUGGACGCGGCGGAGCUGCUGGCCAAGUACACGCACUACUGCCAGGUGUGCGGCAAGGGGUUCAAGCGCGACGCCAACCUGCGGAUGCACAUGCGCGCGCACGGCGACGAGUACAAGAGCAGCGCGGCGCUAGCGAACCCGGCCAAGGCUGCCGGCGACGCCACGGCGGCGAGCAGCAGCAGCAGCAGGUCCUACUACUCGUGCCCCCAGGAGGGGUGCCGGUGGAACCGGAAGCACGCCAAGUUCCAGCCGCUCAAGUCGGUGAUCUGCGCCAAGAACCACUACAAGCGCAGCCACUGCCCCAAGAUGUACGUCUGCAACCGCUGCAACCGCAAGCACUUCUCCGUGCUCUCCGACCUCCGCACGCACGAGAAGCACUGCGGCGACCACCGCUGGGUCUGCUCCUGCGGCACCUCCUUCUCCCGCAAGGACAAGCUCAUCGGCCACCUCUCGCUCUUCGUCGGCCACCAGGCCGCCGUGCCGCUCGACAGGCAAGCCGCCAACGGCGGCAAGAGAUCAUCGCUACUGUCGUCGUCGACAUCCACCACGCACUUGGGUACGUAAUGAUGGUCUCCUGCUGGCAGAAAGAUAUGUGAUGAUCAGAAGAAGCUAGCCGUGUGAUGUAGUAGUACUAUAUAUCAUUCGGGCCAGUAUGUGAGUAUAUCAGCAUACAUAUACAUAUAUACAAAAAAAAAUGCCCAGCAUGCAUGCUUCUCAAAAUAAAAACAGCAAUCAAACUCAUGCUGUUGCAUAGGGUUGUAAUUUCAAAUUAGUGUGAUGGAUGUGGUUUAUAUUAGUUUUGGUUUUGGUUAAAUGGUAUACUGCAGCUAGUAGCUAGCACACUCUAAUAAUUAAGUUGGCAUUGUCAUAGUAAAAUGGGGUCAAUUUUGUGGCUUGUUUACUCUAACUCUAC